AUGGACGCGGCCUCGGGAGCGGGGUUUGCUCUGGGAGGGGCCUGGGGGCGGGGCCUCCAUAAAGCCUCGAGGCUAGUUGGCUCGCGCUUCCCUUCGGCGCUGAGCAUGUUCGCUGGCACCCUAGGUGACCGCGGGCUCCUGCUGCUGCCGCCGCUCCUGCCGCUGCCGCAGGUGGCGCUGGGCUUCGCGGAAGGCAGCUGCGACCCCUCGGAUCAGUGCCCGCCCCAGGCCCGCUGGAGCAGCCUGUGGCACGUGGGGCUUAUCCUGCUCACUGUCGUCCUGCUGCUGCUGUGUGGGGUCACGGCCAGCUGUGUCCGGUUCUGCUGUCUCCGGAAGCAGGCGCACGCCCAGCCACACCUGCCAUCAGUACCUGAGCCUUGCGACCCGACAGCCAUCCCCGCGGACAGUGACAGCCCCGUGCACAGCACUGUGUCAUCCUACAGCUCCGUGCAGUACCCGCUGCGCAUGCGGCUGCCCCUGCCCUUUGGGGAGCUGGACCUCGACUCUAUGACCCCUCCCGCCUACAGCCUGUAUGCCCCUGAGCUGCCGCCCUCCUACGAAGAGGCCGUCAAGAUGGCUAAAACCAGACAGGAAGAGCCACCCCCCUCCCAGGAGGCCAACCCCCUUCCUGAGGCCUCAUGCCUAGAGCCCCCUCCAGGGCCCCAGGAGUGGGGCCGCAAUGCCCAACACCCCUGGCUGUAGCCCUGGUGCCCCCGGAAGGGGCAGGAAAGCUCUCCCGAGCCUCCCGAUGCCAUCAGCCACUCUGUGCUCACAGGGGACUGUGCAAGGGCACC